CAUUCUACGUAACGGAUGGCGGAGACUACGUGAAGAGUGGCUCAGCGUGAUUGAUCUACCUGAUCCGGCUGUGUCCUAGAGGGAUCGGGGGCAGUAAAAUCGCGGUGAUCGCUCAGGUGGCAGUCGGGCCGAGAAGCGGCGGCCGCAGGAGCGCUGGGCCGGGUUCUAGCCGCAGUACAGAUGCAAUGAAAGCCUUCCUUGCUUUCUGUAUUGUCCUUUUGGUGUUCGGGAGUGUCUCUGAAGCCAAGUUUGAUGAUUUUGAGGAUGAGGAAGACAUAGUAGAAUACGAUGAUAAUGACUUUGCUGAAUUUGAGGAUGUCACAGAAGAUUCUGUUACUGAAUCUCCUCAACGGGUGAUAACAACUGAAGAUGAUGAAGACGAGACCACUGUGGAGUUAGAAGGGCAGGAUGAAAACCAAGAAGGAGAUUUUGAAGAUGCAGAUACCCAGGAGGGAGAUACAGAGAGUGAGCCAUAUGAUGAUGAAGAAUUUGAAGGUUAUGAAGACAAACCAGAUACUUCUUCUAGCAAAAAUAAAGACCCAAUAACAAUUGUUGAUGUUCCUGCACACCUCCAGAACAGUUGGGAGAGUUAUUAUCUAGAAAUUUUGAUGGUGACUGGUCUGCUCGCCUACAUCAUGAAUUAUAUCAUUGGGAAGAAUAAAAACAGCCGCCUUGCUCAAGCCUGGUUUAACACUCAUAGAGAGCUUUUGGAGAGCAACUUUACCUUAGUAGGGGAUGAUGGAACUAACAAAGAAGCCACAAGCACAGGAAAGCUGAACCAGGAGAAUGAGCAUAUCUACAACCUGUGGUGUUCUGGCCGAGUGUGCUGUGAAGGGAUGCUUAUCCAGCUGAGGUUCCUCAAGAGACAAGACUUACUGAAUGUCCUGGCCCGGAUGAUGAGACCAGUGAGUGAUCAAGUGCAAAUAAAAGUAACCAUGAAUGAUGAAGACAUGGAUACCUAUGUGUUUGCUGUUGGCACUCGGAAAGCCUUGGUUCGACUCCAGAAAGAGAUGCAGGAUCUGAGUGAGUUUUGUAGUGACAAACCUAAGUCUGGAGCGAAGUAUGGACUGCCAGACUCCUUGGCCAUCCUGUCAGAGAUGGGAGAAGUCACAGAGGGAAUGAUGGAUACAAAGAUGGUUCACUUUCUUACACACUAUGCUGACAAGAUUGAAUCCGUUCAUUUUUCAGACCAGUUCUCUGGUCCAAAAAUUAUGCAAGAGGAAGGUCAGCCUUUAAAGCUGCCUGACACUAAGAGGACACUAUUGUUUACAUUUAAUGUGCCUGGCUCAGGUAACACUUACCCAAAGGAUAUGGAGGCUUUGCUGCCCCUGAUGAACAUGGUGAUUUAUUCUAUUGAUAAAGCCAAAAAGUUCCGACUCAACAGAGAAGGCAAACAGAAAGCAGAUAAAAACCGAGCUCGAGUAGAAGAAAACUUCUUGAAGCUGACACAUGUGCAAAGACAGGAAGCUGCACAGUCUCGGCGCGAGGAGAAGAAAAGAGCAGAGAAGGAGCGAAUCAUGAACGAGGAAGAUCCUGAGAAACAGCGCAGGCUGGAGGAAGCUGCCUUGAGGCGUGAGCAAAAGAAAUUGGAGAAGAAGCAAAUGAAAAUGAAACAAAUCAAAGUGAAAGCCAUGUAAAAUCAUCUCAGAGACCGGAGUCCUGAUGCCAACUGUAACUCUGAAUUCACUGGAAACAAAAAAUACCAGUCCAUUUCUCAUCUUAAAGUUCAAACACUCCCAAAGUGACUAAGAAAUCCUUAUUUCAUCAUCUGUUCUGUUUUUGGUUCGGAGUUUUACAGAGGUUAUAGAUGGAAUGGAAGGGCUCUGUUUCAGUAAUUCUCUUCCAGAUAACCAAAUUAUUUUGAUUACUUUAUAAAAGGAAUGAUAUAUGAGAUCUGUGUAGUUUUAAAAUAUUUUUAAAAUUAUAACAUGAAUCAUCAGUGCUUUUAGUGCUUUGAUGUUUGAAGAAAUAUCAUGAAAUUUAUAGAUACAUAAUUAGAUUGUUGCUUUUUGUUUAAACUGGGUAGUUGCAAAGGCUAUAAAGACUGACCCUAAACCAAGAUUCCACAAAUAACUAUUGGAAUUGCACAAUAAACAUUGCUUGGUAUUUUCUUCUGUGUGUACAUUAACCUUGUAAAAAAGUAAAAUUUAGAACACUAUGUGGUAUUGAAAUU